CUUCACUUACACUCUUCUUUUAAGCUCUAGCAGUUAACUAACAAUAUUAGCAUUUGCUAGUGAUUAGGAAUAUAAAGAUACGCCAACCACAAACAGUUUAAGAUGGCCUCCAAAACAUGUUCAUCCCUUGCUCUUUUCCUCACACUCAACCUCCUCUUCUUUUCACUUGUCUCUGCAUGCGGUAGUUAUUCAUGCCCUAGUCCAAAGCCAAAGCCAAAGCCCAAGCCAAAGCCCAACCCUAACCCUAGUCCUUCUGGUGCAUCGUGCCCCCGUGACGCACUCAAGCUAGGUGUAUGUGCCAACGUGCUAAAAGGGUUGUUGAACGUGACUUUGGGUCAACCACCAGUUACCCCUUGCUGCACCCUUCUCGAUGGGCUCGUUGACCUUGAGGCUGCAGUGUGCCUUUGCACUGCCCUCAAAGCAAAUGUUUUGGGCAUCAACCUCAACCUUCCUAUCUCACUCAGCUUGCUUCUCAAUGUUUGCUCAAGGCAAGUCCCACGCGAUUUUCAAUGUGCCUAAUCAUGGCCUAUACACAACAUAUCAUAUAUAUCUAACGUGUUUGGAAACUCGUUGAGGAUGGAGAAAUCACGUCUGAGAUAUGAAAAGCUAUAACUAUUUGCUUUUCCACAUCUAAAAUGUGAAAAAUUACGUCUGAAACGUGAAAUCAAACACGUUAAUUAAUCAUCCUAUCUACGUACUUUUGCUUCGUGUUUGGUAUAGUUGUGACUUUCCUUUAUAUUGAUCAGUGUGUGAAUCUUGUACGUGCAUGGAGGGUUAACUUCUCCUUAUUCCUUCCUUUUAGUGUUUUCUAAAUAUUGUAUGGUUAGAGUGUUGCAAUAAAUUAAUAAAUAAGUUCCUGAUGCAUGCUUAUGUAAAUCGCAAGGGAACCAAAGAUAAUGAACUGGUGUGUUAUUUAUAUUUGAUUGAGAAAUGGUCAUUAUAUCACAAAUAAUCGUUUGGAAAAAUAAAUAUGUUGGGUACGUUUAUGAGUGGGGGGUCACUGAUGUAAUAGGAGCAGAUUAUGUAUGCAGGGACUGAACAAAUUAUCUUGCUUGAUAUAUGCUGUGGGGUUUUAUGUGCUGCGUCAAUAGUUUAGGAGCAGGAGCAGAUUAUGAUUGCUGCAUACAUAAUAUGCAGGAGCAGAUUAUAUGUAUGUUGUGGGAUUUUGCAGUGUAGUGGUUUAUAUAUGAUGUAAAAGGGUUUGGUUCCCUUAUAUUAUACCCUCUA